AGCACACACUCCUCUUUUGCCGCCAACGGGGAAAGCAAAUAGAAGAGCGGCGCGAUGUUUGAUCAAUGGAAAAUGGACCUCGAGUCCGAGGACCACCGCGCCAGGCGCGAUAUGACGGAGAAGUCCAUCGCUCGCUACAUCAAGGGCGACACGGAGCGGCAGGUCACCUCCUCCUCCACCUCUAACGCCGUCUUCGUGUCUGACUGCACCUGCAUCAUGGGUGCCUCUGUGGCCCAGCCGUCGUACCUGUGCUGCGGUCUCAGCAACGGGAGCGUUUGCCUGCUCAACACCGCCAACCUGUCUAAAAUUUACCUCUUCGAGGUCGACCGCGAUCCGCGCGCCGCGUCGCGAGACGCCGAACGGCGCGGCUCGACGUUGCGCGGCAGCGGGUCAUCGGCGGCUCAGCAACUCGUCGCGGUGGCGACGCAUAUGCUGGCUCCGAGCGGGAGCACCGCGACGGCCGCGGCGGCUGCGGGCCAGCUGCUGCUGUGCAUGACUCUGGACAGCGUGGUAUGCGUGUGCCCGAUGGACUUGUCGACGGUGCUGGAGCGCAAGAAGGUGUCACGUAGCGACGUGACGAAGGUGAAGCCUUACCCGCUGAUGAAGUCCGCGUCGGUGCGCUACUCCAUCGUGCAAUUUAAUCCGAAAGGCAAUCGAAUCGCCGCGGUGCUCGGCGUAGCCCAGGAGGACGGCCCGACUUCCCCGUCGACGUGCUCUGAUGUCCGGCACUGUGUGGCGGUGCUCACGUCCACUGACGCCGCCGUGACGCUCCAGAGCCAGUUUGCGUGCGAGAGGGAAUGGCACACGCUCGCCCCCCCAACGACGCCAACUGCGGCGACGGAUGCUCCAGCAUUGAAGCUGCGCUACUGCGGGUGGUGGUCGGCGGACGUUUUGGUGUGCCUGUGGUCUAACAGCUGCGUCCAGCUGCUGCGUGCGGGCGAUAUGGCGGUGGUGGGCGAGUGUCGGCUUCUCCGCCACUGCGCUGCCGACGCGGUGACAAGCGCAGCCGUCAGCCGCCCCAGUGGCGCCGAGGCCUCGGAGAGUCUUUCGUCGAACAUUGUGGCUUUGGUGCUCGACCACAACGUGGCCGCCACCUUUUACGUGACUUCAAAGAAGGCGGUGUCAGCAGAGGCGCCGGACCUGAAGCGAGCUCGAAGUGAGCUGCCGCUCUCGCUGUCGAUUACUCCUACGCUGCAGACCUACUGCACCGAAGAGAUCCCCAUUCGGGAGGCGUACCUCUUCCGAUCUUUCUCCUGGACGCUGUUGCUGCUAUUAGAGAGCGGCGCGUUGGUGUUUUUGGACGUGGAAACGAUGAAGCUUUCUGUGCAUCGCGCUGUGAACCGGCUGCGAGCACCAGAUGUGGACCGCUAUCGUGCCCGUGCGUCUCUGGCCCUGCCGAGGCAUUACUUUUGUGUCGUAAAUGGUAAACCGUUCACAGCCGCGAUCAUCGAGUACAACGCUGCAGUUAUGUUGAAGUCGCAGUAG